CAUUAGCCUGUUAAGAGCGAGUGAGACACACCGUAUCGGUGCUAGUCAAGCUAUAAGGCGAGGAAAUAACCAUGAAUUGUUGGAAGAGCUUAUUUCUUGCUUUCAUUUCUUGCGUUCUCUCAGUUCACGGUAAGUAUACCUUUUGGUUUGGAUGUAAUCAUGACGUGCGUACCGUUACGAACGUGAUGAAAUAAUUUAACGAGACGUAAUCGCUGUACUUUAUUACGUGCCUUCCGUGUUGAGAAAACCGAAAAUUGGGUCUCAGCAGCAACUUUUCAGUGUAAAUUCAAAGUAUUGUUUCUUCUGAAGACUCUGAAGGGGUUAGAUAUAACGACACACUGCACACUGAUCAGAAUUCAAUGACAAAAUAUAGUUUUUUAAUUUACAAUUUCACUAUGCAAUGUGUUUUUGUCAGUGCUGAACUGGAGCAAGGACUAAUGGCCCAAUUGAAGUCAGUCAUAUCCCGGGGGGGAGGGCUCUACUGCUUAGAAUUAUUAGUAGGGGAGAGAUCGUUCGGUUCUCUAAAUCCUGAAAGACCAAAUUUGCUGAUUUCAGCACCCAGUUUUAGACCUCAGGCCUCUAAAACCAAUACCCGUUUUCAGACCGGGUUUCUAUAAGUUGUUCUCAGUCUGCGAACUCAUCACCUUUUCAAAGUGAAAUCAAAAUGUAUUGAUUAAGCCUUUUACUUAAGUAUUGGACGCUUAAGUUCUUCUGGGCUGAAAAGACAAAUACGGUCAUUCGUUCUCUUGGGUCCCUUGAAAACCUUACUUGAUUUCAACCAUAAUGGGUAUUUAAUUCCAUCCAUACCUAAUAUUUCAGAGCAAACCGGGCAUACCUAUAUACCUUACAAAGUCAGUAACCACCCCCCCCCCCCCCACCCCUUACUUCCCCAUUCCUACACACGUCUCACGUAGUUCUCAUCCUAUGACAAGACCAUUCAAAUAAAAGCUGCUGAGUAGUUCUUUUGCACUGUUGCUAUGAGCUUUACAGAAUCGGCAAAGAAUUGCAGUUUCAUUAAAUAAUGACCCUGAGUACAAGCUCUGUUUGAGACACAGCACGCUUCUUUGGAAUCGAAUAUCCGUUAGAGGUCUCAAAUAUCAAAUCUAACAAAAAAAGGAAAUAGUUUCAUUAAUCAUGUAAGUUUUUCUACUUAUCCCUUUUAAGUGUAGAGUGAUUGCAGAAAAUCAGAUUUAGCCCUUGCAGCAUUUGCCUAUUCAUAAAACUUAAGAGAUACGCUGUUCUGCCAAUGCAUAGAAUGUUAGGAAGACAGAGAAUGAUUGUAUUUUGGGUAUAGUGGAGGACCAAUGCAAAUGGUUUCUUGCCUCGCAUUGCACUCUCCUACUUUUCUUUUCUUUCCGCACUUCAAUCAAGUUGAAUAAUUCAAGAAAAUCGUUCGAAACUUAGGGAGUUGGUGAAAUACAUGAAAUUACUUUAGCCAAUUUUACACCAAGGGUAGCCUGACGAAACUCGUAAGCCAACGGAAAAUUGCCGAAGCGCGCGCGCUUCGCGUUCCCUGGAGGGACCUGUCGCAAACAGCAGGACUAGGACUUUGAUUAUCGCGCUGAAACGCUUCAAAUCUGAAAUUUCAGCUGUAUACUUUACAAAUGAAAUUAUAUGGAUACGUUUUAGCUGCGCAAACUUCCGGAGAAUUUAAAUUUAAUCUCGCAUAUCCGAGGCAAAGAGUUUGACUAGCAAGAUUAGCCGUUUUAAAGUUUCAUUAAUGAAUAAAUCUCUAAAUGAUUUAAACCGGUUUCAAUUAAAACAACAAGAUCAAUAUCACCCGCUGGGACGACCCGUGCCACAUGUUCUUGGCCCCUGAUCCGGAAAUGUGCAAUACUUCAAGACUCACGCAUGCUGGUCUCGUUCGUUACGUUUUUCAUUUAUCGUCGUUAAUUUGCAGCGAAUGGCAGAGAAGUAUACGAAAUGAAGUGACGCCCUUCUAAAACAAACUGUAUAUUACUCAUUCUCGCGGCCAGCGUUGCUACGGUUUCGCUUAGGAUCCCUUGAAUAGCUAAUCGUGAUCUAAGAAGAGACCACCUUAGUGCUGUCAUAAGCUAUAUUUACAGUGGUACCCUUUCCGAAAGAAGCUGCUAAAUGACUGGAAAACGUAGUGGCUGAUCAGAAGGGAGACCAAGACCUUUUCCCAUUACACGUAUCCAGCAGAAAAGACAAUUUCCUAGUAUUCUAACGACUUAAUGAUUUGGAACUAAAAUGAUUACCACUGAAGGAUAAAGUUUCAGCUGAAGUUUACUCUAGAGACAAUUAUUUGUUGUGUUAAGGAGGGAGGGAAAUGGUUAGCUUUUUGUACAAGGGACUGGGAAAGCUAGUGUUUUAAUUUGUUUGAAAUUUGUUCCUAACUUUUAAGGUGAAAGUGACGAAAUUAUUGAAGUCAUCAGUGACGUUGAUUUCGACCAACCUAUACAGCUUGGUGAUUCGAAUCCAAUUCACACUGGUAAGUACAAGGGUAAUUUCCUAAUCAGCUGUUCUUUGUCUUUAUCAUGGUCACGCAAUGUGCGUUACGUGUCGCCACAAGAAUGGCUGCGUGGGAGACUGGAGCCAAAGCGAGCUUUGGCCACAGCGCUGUGCAGGUAAAACAGUGCUGCCUUGUACAUUACAGAGGUGCGCAAGCGCACUCGAACAGACCUCUUUAGCUUGUAUGUUUUGUUUGACCAAUACAGAUCAUGUGAUGAUUUGAGAGGUUUCUUUUUCUUUCAACAUACAAGCUAAAAAGGUCUAUUCGUCUACGUCAAGAGGAGUGGGAGCAACCUCGUCCCCAGGGCGCUUUUCCCUCGCUUUUGAGGUGGGGCGGGAAAAGCGCCCUGGGGACGAGGUUGGAGUGGGAGGAGCCUGCGAGAGCUGACUUAUUUCCGGUUAUCAGCAACAGACGGGAAAACUUCAGCACCCUCAAGCUAUAUCUUAUCGACUGUGUUUGUUACGAAUUUCUUCAGUUUUUCUUUCUUCUGAGACACCAAUUCCGAAAAGUUUGAUCAUGUUGUAAACCGACGAUUUUUGAUCAAAAUUGACGUCACUUUUUUUUUCACCUUUCAGUACCUGAGGAGCAAGAAGUGUCUCUAUUUAAAAGGGAUAUCUCAAGCCACACUGUGGCCCGAGUGCGACGUCAAGUUCUAGUUAUUGGUCAAUCAAAUCAGGUGCAGGGUCUCACGGUCAGACAAGAAUGUGACGGAAUCCUACUGGAGUGGAAAAGCCUGCAGUUGCCUUACAGGUAUAAGUGAACGUUUUGGUUGUAGGAUAGAGGAUUCAGCUUUUGUCAAAGUACUUGACAAAACCAUAAGAGAGCCCUAAACAGUAUCUUUCUCUAGGAAAUUGAAAAGUUGAACAACCCUGUAUAUUAAACAGUACCACAAGUAAGUACUGCUCAGUAGCUUUCAUUUGAAUGGUCACACCGUAGGAUUUCAUCCAGACUCAAAAUUUAGAAUUGUCUCGGCUUAGUCAGUGCAAACAGCACUAGAAAAAGGUAAAGAAGGAUCAGAAGCUUUUAAUUAAAUGGAAAAUCAGUCACUAGUCGAUAUUGUUAUCAUAUUUGCAAACUUUCUUUUUCAAUAUCAGUCCAAACAGACGCACAAUAAAUGAGGAAUUCAAGCAUUUUAACAUUUACCGAAGCACAUCGUAUUUUCGUGAUGUAAGCGGAAUGAGCCCUUACGUAUCUGGAAAGCUGGACAAGUUGUUACAGAGCCCGGAAACAAACAGCUACAAGGAUCUAUAUCCGACACCGAACACAAACUGGUACUAUGCUGUGACAAUGGUCAAUGGUGAGGGACAGGAAGAGAAGACAGUGGACUCAAAGAAGGUAAGGUUUAAAAACUCAAGUUCUCUGUAUAUAACGGUUCUUUGUUUGAAAAAUGGUUUUCAACUGUCACACCUUGUGGUCUAUUUAGAUCGCACGUGGCGGAAGAAAAGCGAGAAGCGUGAACGAAAAGAGCGCGAGGGGUCAUGGUACGGAACAAAGCGAAAGGGAGAGAGUUUCCCCCUCUUUUUCCCUUCCCAUUACCACUCGCGCUCCCCUUGACUGAGAGACGACUUGGAACGAAUGAGGUUAUAUCACAAUCUAGUCAGCAAAUUGGUGUUCCUGUAUCACUCCUUGUGAUCACAUGACAAAAGGCGAGUCCCCUUCUUAUUGGGCUUCCUGGGAAUUACAUGGCAGUUGUUGUAAUAAAUAUUCCGAAGCAAAAUCAGCAGCAGCUCCAAAAUAUGUCUCCGAAUUCAAUCCCGAGUAAAAGGCGGAAAUCGAGCGGAUACAUGUACACACGGUCGUAGUACCAUGACGACGGAGUACGGACAAUUCCAGACCGUGCAAAUUAUUGUCAUUACACACGACGAGGAAAUGACCUACUUUUUAGUUUCCAGGGAGAGUCGUUCAGGUGACGGUGUUUAAGUUGUGAGCAGUGAGCAGACGGAGUAACAAGACUGACAAAUAAGAGAAGAAGGGGUACAAAUCUCAUUUUCCCAGCCUAUUAAAAUUGUUUUCAGAUCCCAGUGUCCCAUUAAGUUGCUCUCAAACCCCACUCCCAGUUGUAAGAAAUCAUAGUCCUGAUAACCCAAAUCCCCUUUUACCGUCCCCAAAGUAGGCAUAUCUCAAUUUUACCUCUUUGUCACCUUCAGUCUUGGGGUAGCCUUUAUAUACUGUGGGCUAUUACGUUUUGAGGGAGACUGGUUCGGCGAGUGGUCGAACUACGCUGUGGGACUGCUUUGGGUACGCUAUACGUUCUUUCAUUGGCUAUUAAGGUCGGAACACACUAGGCGACAAGUUGCAGCAACAAGUCGCGGCGACAUAUCACUCCGUGUGUGCAGGUCGGGCGACUACAAUUUGUAGUUGGCCUUUCUUUCACUUGUCGAGCAUGCACUGCUUGUUGCUAGGAUACAGUGUCUAACCCAAGCCUGAAAGUCGUGUACCUGGUACAGUGGGCUCAGAGAUGACCAUCGCUUUUUCAAUAAACGGAUGAUCGCACUCGGAAAACCAGUUCGACGAUACAUAGAGCGAUCUUCGUAAGACCUUGAAAAAUAUUCGGUAAGUGUUCGCAGGAGCUUAUGUUCGUUAUUUGUUUUAUCAGCCAAUGGAUGAGAAGAUCUAAACAUAGACUCUUUGUUUUCCCGCCAAAGAAAACCCUAAUAUGGAGAAGGCAUUGUUCGAUUAACCAAUCGUGUUGCAGUAUGACGUUAAAGCGAAGUAUCGGUUGAUUUCUAGAAAGUUCUCGGGCAUAAAGUUUAUUCAGCCGAGCGUUCGCUCAACAACCAAAAGCUACGCACGUUCGUUUCCGUUCUACAAACCUAUCAAAUCGCACUAUUUCCGAUCGUUUGUUGUUUCUGUUUUGUUCGCGCAUUUUCUUUUCAGGCCAAACGAAGAUCGCUCUAACAAGAUUGACUAGUCCAGAAGGGUUGACGCGAUUCUAGCAGAUUCAAAGGAGACUCUGUUAGCAGGGUGCCUUAAAAUCCUAGACUGUAAAAAUGACUGCUAUAAUUUACCUCCGUGUUCAUGUUACACCCACAGGCUAUUUUCAUAGGAUCUUUUCAAAAGUCAGGAACUCUCUUUAAACUUGUCCCAGGGUUCCUAAGUCUGCGAGGCAAGGUCUUACAUCAUAGCGCUGCGUAUAAUCCGAGUCGUAAUCAAUAUCUUGUGACGUGGGACUUUGACGUGGACAGCGAUAAUCUGCCAGAUCAUCUCUAUGCUUUAAGAGUGGACACUGGUGGCAAUAUAGUGGACAAAAGGAUAUUAAACUACACUGCAAAUAUCGGGGGGAAAGCAGGUAAUUUAGGACAGUUAUCUAAGGGAAGAAAAGGAGCCAGCUGCAAAAAACCUACAAUAAAUUAACGAAAGAACUGGGAUAAGCUUUGAUAUAAACUAUGGUCUGCGCAUGGGUAGCCUCACUCGCAGACUUUCUUUUGGCUCGUCAGCAUUCUCGUCCCCAAAGCCCGUCGUUUCUUCUGGUCGAGUGGACUUGUCCAUUACAAAUUAAGCCCAGUGGCUCUGGGAACGAGAAUGGCUGGCUCGUCACGUAAUCCUUCCAAACUUCAACAGACGUUCGUGAGGAAAGAACACGUGACAAAGCAGGAACGUCUGCGUAGACUUGGUGGAGGAGUUAAAAUGAAGAAAGUGCGUUUUGCAAAAGUUAGACACGUGUUUAAGUUUCUGUAAACAUGAAAACAAUUCUUUUUGGAAAAUGAUUUUAAGCAGGAACUGAAAAAGAAAAUAUAAAUUAGGUGACCUGUAAAUUUUCGGCGAUUGCCACGGAAACACUUCCCACCCAGUCACGGUUGAGUGAUUUUCCUUCAACUUUACAAGUUUUCAAACUGUCGUAAAAUCAUCAACUUAUGCAUUACAGGGCUCCAUUUUAUUUGCUAUGAAAAAAAAGAGAAGAUUUUAGCCCCGUAAUGUAAUCUGUCAAGUCCCCAGAUCAGAAAAUUAGUUUUAUUUGUUUGUUUUUUAAAUAAUCUUGAUGAAUUUCAAGCACCACAAAAUAAAAGCUUAGCUCGCAACACAAUUGAAGGCUCUAAAACCCAUUGUCUUCUUCAUAAGAAAUAACCAUGUUAAGUGAGAUGUAUUGCAUUUCUUUCCUGAGCUUAUGGAUUAUGGAAGUAAAAUGGUGUCGAAAAUUCGUAUUUUUACUAAUCAUGUUAUAAUUAUUGUUCCAAAUUUUCUAGGCAAUCAAGGAUGGCCAAGUGUAGCGUAUAACGAACAAAUCGAUGAAUAUAUGAUCGCUUUUCAAUUCCGUGCGGGAACGGGGCGGUACUUCUCGAACAAAUACAUCAUCAUAAGUCAGAGAGUACAGAGUGCGCGCACGGAAAGAUCAGCAGGCCCAAGUCUGCUUGUCAAAGCCAAUGGACAAGGAGGGCCCACGGAUUGGGUUGAUGCAAUGGGACCAUUGAUAAAGUAUAACCCUGUUACGGGUAAGAACCAGGCCCCAGUUGUUCAAAAGGUGGAUUGCGCUAACCCAAUUGGUUUCCCUAAUACUUAUCUCCCGGAUAGUGAUUUAUCUGGUGGAUAGCGCUAUCCAGCUUUUGAACACUGACUGCGGCCUGCAAGAUGUUAAAAUAGGUAAUAUAUAAUAGCAUAAAGACGCAGUACGAAUCAAGGACUGGAGGCUUGUCUUCUGUUACCUUAAAAGGUGGUUCAAAUUUUCGAGUCUUUGGAUAAAAUCCUAUGGUGUUACCAUUCAAAUGAAAGCUACUGAGCAGUACUUUCCUGUGAUACUGUUUAUUAUGCUGUACAAGGUGGUUCUAAUUAAUUUUUGAGUUUGUGGAUGAAAUCCUAUGGUGUGAUCAUUCAAAUAAAAGCUACUGAGCAGUACUUUCCUGUGGUACUGUUUAUUAUGCUGUACAAGGUGGUUCUGACUUUUGAGUCUGUGGAUGAAAUCCUAUGGUGUGACCAUUCAAAAGAAAGCUACUGAGCAGUACUUUCCUGUGAUACUGUUUAUUAUGCUGUACAAGGUGGUUCUAAUUAAUUUUUGAGUUUAUGGAUGAAAUCCUGUGGUGUGAUAAUUCACAAAAGCUACAGAACAGGAAUUUCCUGUGGUACUUUUAAAUGUUGUGAAUGGAAUCUUAUGGUGUUACAAUUCCAAAGCUGCGCGCAAACGGACGCAACAACUCCCAACAUUGUCUGAGCUAAAACUUUGACUGGUUUCAAACUUUGCGCCACAACUCCCAACAACACGCAACAGGGUGUGGAAACAGACCCAACAUGUAACAUCCAACAAUGUUUGGAGUUGUUGGCCUACAAUGUUGCGUUCAUUUGCAUGGCCGUAAUGAAAGCUACCGAGCAGUCAAUACUUAUUUUAAUACUGUACAAGGUGGUUCAAACUUUCGUGUCUGUGGAUUACAUGCUAACGAGUAACCUUUCUCUGUUUUUCCCUUGGCACUGUUUGUUUUUCAGUUCUCUCCAAUUCAAUUUUUCCAUAUCUUUUAUUUUUAAAGGUGGUUAUGUAGGCGCUGUUGUUAUAGAAGGAGGAAAAAAAGAAGUCGUGAGCCUGUUCUUUGACAGGGGAGGAAGAGUGUCUAAAACCGAAGGGAUUUGCUCCUUUAAAGGAAACGCAUACGAGCCAAAUAUCUUCUUAGACUCGAGAAGAAACGAGUUUUUCUUCGCUUGUACCGUCGAGAACGGAGGAGUCGCUAACUCUGACUUCGCCUUGCGGUCUGGGUUACACAUGUUAGUCAUCACGAAGAGAACUGCUAGUGGAGCGCACGCGGCUAACACAAAGACCGCUUCCACGAAGAACUUUGUUGGCUACACCAACAAGACACAUGCGCGGACUGCCGGAUACUAUAAUGCACACCUUGAUAGGUAAAUACUAAAUUUUUAGAUGAGUUUUUUUGUGUGUUAUCCCGGCUGAAUAAUUGAAUUCGAGACGUCACAAAACGGAAUCUAAUGAUUCUGGUAAAAUGUGCUACCAUAGAGUAUUUUCAUAUGAUUUGACACCCACCAUCUUGGUGUCCCAAAGUAAUGUCGAGUUAUGAAACAGCAACUAUGUUUGCGUCCCAUGUUUGUUUUUCUUAUGUAAAAACUUUCUUUUAUUCCAAUAAAUGUGCAUAGCCGCUAAUCACGUGAUUGAAAACACUCUACAGCUUAACGAAAACAACUAAUAACGACAAACACACUCGCGUGAAACAGAGUUUAGGGAAAUCAUGAAUUACGUACCGCCGAAAGAUUAUUCAUUUAUCUGCUUGAAGAUUAGUGGACGAUCAUUAACGAAAGAUCAUUUGUUUAGUCAUUGUCUAUGCCCUACAAUAGCGGUUUCUGCUUGUUUAUGACUGAAUGGUUUUGCUUUACGCCGUAGAUUGAUUCUGUACUGGGAAGACUCUGACACUGGAAGACAUGUUUUAAACACUGCCUCUGUACUGUUGACACGUACGCAGUACAUUCGGGAAGUUAAACGGUACAGUUGCUUAGCAACAAAGCAAGUCAGGACACCGGCAGCGGUGUAUUCCCCAUCAAAUAACUAUCAUUUUCUUUUAUGGCAAGAAGUAAGUGGGUCCGCGGCAAUCGGUGGAGAACUCCUUCAAGGUCAGAGUCUCGACUUUUCAUUGUCAACGUACUCUGUAGUACAGACAUACCAUACUUUGAACCUCACUGCCCCUUUAGUGUCGUCACGCAACGCUGUUUGUGGGGAGGAGCCUUGCUCUGUGUAGCAAACUACCCUGCCCCAGACUCGUACCAAGUCGCCACUUAUUCAUUGAAGCAACGAAAUGUGGAAAGGAAAAUUGACGAGCGCAAAGGCGCUUGGGACACUUUUUUCUUCCUUACCUCCAUCGAUGCACGGCGAACUCACUAAGAAAGUGACUGGCUAGGAGUCUAUCCCUGCCCGCUUCCCCUCACAGUUUACCGCGCCGGCAGAACAAAUGAACACACAAUUACAACGAGGUUUUAGCACCUCUAUCCCUCCAAAUAACAAUCCGGGAGUCUGGGGCAGGCUACCACUUCAUGCAGCUGUUGUACCCAGUUUUAUUCUUCCUUUGAUGUUGAAAAGGUUAAAUAUCUGGAAAUUUGAUUUAGGCAUAAAAGCUCGAAAAUAACGACAUUCAGUUUUCUUAGAAGUAACUCUUUCUGAUUGUUUCUCAGGCAAUUUACGACUUGUGUUUGGCAGAGAGCAGAAGAAUCCUGUUUUAUUAUACAACAGCUUCCUUCGAAAAGCGUUUGUCACCUGGCAGGAAGGAGGCGUGCUGCUAUCACGACAAAUAACCAUGGCAACUCGACCACUUUGCACUCCACCAUGCGCUCCUCGACAGACAUGCGCAGUACAGGACAAAUGUGUCCCCAACACAGGAAGUAAACUGAAAUACUUUUUUAAAUUUCGUUUAAAAAUAACACAAUAUAUGAAGCACUAUCACACAGACUCGCUGGAUAGGCAAACAAAUUUUUCUUUUCAGUUCGAAUUUCUUAAAACAGUUUCGUUAUCAUAGCCGGCAUGAACAGAUCGCAGCUAGCGGACCUUUGUUGAAAUUUAGUCCUUAAUGCAACAUUAUAUAUGAUUGUGAUUAGAUUAUUUUUUUUGUUCAGUUGACGGGAAAUAUUUGUAAAGGACAAUACGAAACAAUACUACACGACAAGAUACGAUACAGUUCAGUACAGGUGCAGUACGGUGCAAUAGAAUACGGUACGCUACGGUGCGAUACGAUUUUUUUUAGACAAGUAUUUUAGACAAGCCUGACAAGACUAUCAGGGGGAGAGCGGAGUUUAUUGAUGCUUUGUGUAUCUUGUUUGUGCACCGUUUUCACGCAGGUCUAUGUUUUUUUUAUCUCCUUAAAGAUUUAUGCAGCGUGAACAAUGGAGGGUGCAGUCACAGGUGUACAUCAUUAGGUCGAUGGAAAGUUCAGUGCUCUUGUCCAGGUCAAAUGCAGCUGAAAGAAGACGGCAAAAACUGCAGGAGUGGUGAGUGGGGCCUGAUAAUAGUGUGGUCUAUCCACCCCCUCCCCCUCGGGAAUAAACUAUUUGGAGGGUUAGGGGAAGGUUAUUUAGGUAGUCUCUUAGAAUCAGUAUCUUACGACGAUCCGUUCGCACUUUGAACGAUAUCCUGUGGUGAUAUCUUUCGAAUCUAAUCUCUUUGGUAGAACUUUUGAAUGGUGGCAUAUACGUUUCAGAUUUUACCAAAUUCUUUAUUGAAUUUUUUUUGGCAACUAUUAAGAAAGAAAGGUUUUUCAACAAAGAAUUCAAAUUUCAUUUGGUAAAUCAUAACUUGAGUUUCUAUACUAGUCAUUUAUAGAUAUAAAAAUAGAAAUGGAAACCGGGAUUCAAACCUUGGUGCGACAUGAACUACAGGGUGUGGUUUUAGGAAUGCUUAUAUCUAAAAUAGAGCCUAGGGGUUAAAUAAUCUCGGCGGAAAUAGGUUUUCUUGAAAUGAUUGCAUUGUUCUGAAAUUUUUGCAAAUUUUAUUUCGUUAAAUAAAACCGAAAGUAGGAGAGCAAACAAAGAUUUUUUCUUUUUUAAUUCCUAGUUCUUCCAUGCCAUGGUAUGACCCCUGCAAAGAAGCCAUCCACUGGAGCUGACUAUUUCUGCGGAAGAGGGGCACUAAGUAACGUGUGUCCUUCUAACACCUACUGUCAUAUUGCCCCCAAUGAUGCUUUUGCUAAAUGCUGUGAAGGUAACGUUUUACAAUUUACAACAAAGAGAAUAGCUAAGUUAGGCCUCUUCCCUCCCUGAGGAAGUUUCAAGUAGCAUAGCAGGUAACGAUGUAUCCAUAUUUUUGGGAAGAAGGAUUCUAACAUAAUUGUUCCCAGGAUGGCUCCUCCUUGCCUUCUGGGCGGGAACCAGGAACGAGGUACUCCCGUUCCCAGAGGUUUUUCCUGAAGCCUCGAGGGCAAAAGUUGGGAACGAGAUUUGCAUUCUCAUUGGCAUGUAAAGGAAUGUAUGAUCGUUGAUGACAACACCACCUUUUCUUUUAAUCCCAUAAAACCCGAAAGUGGCUCUGUAAUUAUAACAAAGUAGGCGUUCAUUGGUUCAGUUGUGUUGUGAAGGCCUACUACUUGCUUGUUCUGAAUUUCGGCCUUUCCAGUCAUGACAACAUAUAUUGCUGUUAUUUGUCAGCUCCUCUACCAAGCUAUUCCAUUGUGGUAGUCACUAAAAAGGCAAUAUGGCAGCUGUUUAUGGACACGAAACUAAGCCGAGCCACGUUUAGAAAGGUGCAAUUGGAUCACGAUCCCAUGAUGCUUGUCGCGCUGGGUUAUGACCCAGUGGAUAAGCGUGUAUAUUGGAGUGACGUAGAUGAAGGCUCUAUAAACCGCAUCUUUUUGAGCGGAAUAGGAAGCAAGCAACAGAUACAGAGGUAAUUUAUAUACCACUGGACUUGUAAAUAGGCACCCUUAAGUUUUUGCACUAAAAUUUCAAAGCAAAGGAAAUUGUCUUUACUAUAUCUCACACGCCAACCUCUUUAAUAAGUUGAAUCAAGUUCAAGUUUGGUUAACCCUACUAUUGAACAUGUGGGAAAAGUCGCGUUUUUCAUAGCGGGUGCCCGUUAGUUUUUUCGCUAGUUUUUAUAAAGCACACCAGGGAAACACGCCAGGGGAACGCAAGCGCGACUCUGACAUCUCUCCCUUCGCUCUAAAAGAACCGCCUACGUUUUUCCGGCAUGUUUGACAGGUGAAAAACUUUAGCCCAAAAGUUUUCACCAUUAUUGAGGAUCUUUCGAGAUACGAGAUUUGAACCUCGAGAUUCGGGAUCUUUAAGCAAAAUGGAGGAGAGAUUGGGGAUUGAAAGUAUACACACGAUGUGGGAUGUCAAAAAUAGCCACCGGGGUUACGGGAUUGCGCGAAAAUUUGGGUCGGGAUGACGGGAUUGAAGAACCCAAUCAGGGACUGUCAUUUUUAGGCAAAGGCUUUGUUAAGGAGCUUUAGAUUCUAACACGAUGAUGACUACGAGUACGAGAUUUUCUCAAUACUGAGUAGUGCUCGCGCGUGAACCAGCGUCAUUUUGGCGGGUAAACGUGUUAGCCUUCGUCAUUUUACUACGAGUUUUAGCGAGAUUCACUGAUCAUCCUUGUCCCACUGAUCUCCUUAUUCAAGCAACCUUAAUCGCAAUAUUUGUUAAAACUUCCUGUCUUAGAAAGCGAGAGAAUCUUGCACUGUGGAAGUACCUUUUGUUCACCUGCAUUAACAUGGUUUGAUUUUGGUUAAUACAGAAAUGCAGGUGUCGUGGAUGGCAUGGCACUCGACGUUCAAAAUAAUUUCAUUUACUGGACUGAGGUGUCAAAUAACGUAAGGCGGGGAAGGAUCAUGCGUGCAAGUUUAGAUGGAAGGAACCCCAGACAAAUGCGGCAGGGACUGGAUAAACCGAGAGCUAUCGUCCUCUAUAAGCCGACAAGGUUUGUAUAACGUGAUUGCUGCGCUUUAUUGUUGGCUGAAAGGCCAGGCGCACUUGCUAACCAAUCAGAAAUGUAAUCAAAUCACGUGCCUCACUCACAAGCAAUUUUUAUGCUCUUAGCGCUGGUUAGGUGUGUUUGUGAUUGAUUCAUAUGCAUUUCUACGCGUAUUCGUUCACCUGUUUGUUUAGCUAAGACGAAUUAAUUUUCUUAAGCCAUACCGAAAACGAAUGCUAGCCACAUACAUGCCAAGCAUGCGUAUUAGCAACCUGGAGAAUAGGAUUGCGGGCUAUUUCUGUCGCACGCAAUCAUACCAGCCAUAGAAGACUGUAAGUACGUACUGGUGGUCACAUAGAGAGGUAUUCUCAACCCAAGCUUUUGAAACGGCAUCCAUUAGGAAGAUAGCAAGUAGUGUUUAUAGCGGAAAUCGGCCGUGCAAAGAAAAGUACUCCCUACUGAAAUAAGUGCAUCUGUACCAUUUGUUCUGACUCUAGGAUGAUGUAUUGGACUGACUGGGGAACCACACCCAAGAUCGCGCGAGGAAGGUUGAACAAUGAUUACAACGUGGACACGAUUGUGACAGGACGACUAAAAUGGCCGAAUGGUUUAGUUAUCGAUGCAGCUUCGCAGAAACUUUUUUGGGCAGACGCUGGCAUGGACAAAAUAGAGUACUCUAAUCUAGACGUAAGGCUGCGUGCAAAUGGACUCAACAACUCUCAACAUUGUUGGCGCAACAAUGUUAAGAGUUGUUGCGUGCGUGUUGGCAGUGGUGUGCAAACGGACGCAACAACUCCCAACAUUGUUGCGCCAACAAUGUUGGGAGUUGUUGCGUGCGUGUUGGCAGUGGUGUGCAAACGGAUGCAACAACUUGCAACAAUGUUGGGACCUGCAGUGCAUCGUGGGAAGGAUACAACCCAUAAGUCUUUGUAAACCAUGCGUAAUGAGCGUGCGUGGCCCCAACAAUGUUAGAAGAGCUGUGCAAACGGAUCCAACAUUGUUGCGCUACGCUUCGGCGAUCACGGAACAAAAGAAAUGUUGGGAGUUGUUGGCUGAAAAAUUUGACCGGUUUCAAACUUUACGCAACAACAUCCAACAGCAUGCAACAGGGUGUGCAAACGGACGCAACAUGUAGCAUCCAACAAUGUUGGGAGUUGUUGGCCAACAAUGUUGCGUCCGUUUGCACGGGACGUAAGAAGCUUUGUGCUCUUCUCGUAUGUGAGGCUGAACAUUCUACAAACCAGCUCUCAAUAAGCGUGAUAUGGGGUCAUGGCUCUCAUACGAAUAUGCGAGAUUUCCUUACCUUAACUGAAAGCCUGUGAUGUCCUUUUCAUUUGCAUCGAUAUAAUUUAACUAUUAUUUCUUCUUCAGGGCCAUGGUCGUAGUGAACUGCUCAGUGCCCCACAUGUCCGUCAUCCCUUCUCUCUCGCCAUCCUAAACAACAGGUUAUUAUUUCUGUAAAUGUUGUCAUAGUAACUGAUAAUAAAUUAGUUCAUAAUAAAUUAGGUAACCUACGAGCAACCUCUUCAUUCGGGGGUUAUUGUGAGAAGUCUCACGCAGGCAUGGAAUUAUUUUGCCGCUCGCUUAUGUGUUCUUUCGCAGCACGCUUCGCUCGCCACUCGAGACGAAGAGCGUGCUCUCAAGCUAUGAACGAGGCUGAAUAUGAUCGUCUGAGUGAAUGUGGUUCUGUUGACUGUGACCAGCAUUGAAAAGCCAUUUACAUGUUAUGAUAAAUUUGUCACUACGUUUCACAAAGUUUGAGUAAGAUACAACUGGAUAAUGGAGAUACGACGAAUUGCAUCAUGGGUUCCUGUUACGAGGAGACUGGGUCGAAUUUUAUCCCCCAAAAUAGUUUCAUAGUGCAAUUCGACUCAACACUCUAACCCAGUCUCCAACCCAACCUUAAGGCCUUAACCCCUCUAAGAGUAUUCCAACAAAUUUGGAAAACCUGGUAAAAAGUUUUCAUUACGAACACAAACAAGUUUUAAGAAACCUUUUGAAAAAACACGAGAGGGUGGUGCGAUCGUUUCCGUUAAAUUUUCGAAAGGUCAUCCUCGACCAAUAAUUUGCGUCAAGACUAGAAGAACAACAUCAAGAUGACAUUAACAGAUAUUUUCUCGUUGAAAGAAAUUCCCUCUCCAAUACGAAAAAUUUAAAAAGCUAUUUAUGCUCUAGAAUACAAAAUGAUGGCCUGGUUUUGCUUUUAUAAGUACCUGGCGUCGAUAUUACAGCUUCUGGCUCAAUUCUUGAGGCUUCUUCUUUUUCUAAGCUUUCCUUUUGGAAUGAAAAAAAAAAAGGCUGUGGAUAGGAACGCAGUUGUUAGUAGUCGAAAGUGUUGUUUGCUUGUUUGUUUUAGAUUGUUUUGGAGUGACUGGGAAACUUCAGGAAUACAUUCAGUAGACAAAGACACAGGCGGAGAUAUGAUGACUGUAGCCAAGGGCCUUGAUCGGCCAACCGCGUUUGUAAUAUUUAAAGCCACUCCUCCAGGUUUGUAAUUCUUGAAUUAGUUCGAUCUUCACCCUGCGAACAGAGCCUCUUUCUGUCUUCUUGAGUAAGGAGAAGAAAAGGAAGCUCUUUAUAAAUCGUGUCAAUCCUCUGAAGUCGCGGAAGCCCGAACUUCUACACUAAGCAGUCUUGUUUUCUCUCGUCAAACUGGUUUUUUCGAGUGGCUAUUUUAAUAUUUAACGCAUAACAUUGCAUCUGUUUCACAAAACCGAUUAAUAUAAAAUUGAACAAUUUUUAUUGUAAGGCUGGGAAACUCGGCAUGGGAUUUUUGGGGGUUAAUUUUUGGGUUAGGUUUUUUUUGGGGGGGGGUGGGGUAGGGUUGUUUUUGGCCUGAUUCGAUCAUCCCCGUCACUUGAAAUCCGCAGUACCUCUCUGAGCGUUCGAGUGGCUUUAGUGAAAUAACUUUUUGUUUCCAUACCAGUUGGUCCCAGUAGAAACUGCCCUGAUCCAGGUAACCCAGCAAAAGGUGACAGGAACCCGCCUCCGACAGACGGCAGCAGUGAUUACCCACAAGGCAGUAUGAUACGCUACACGUGUUAUCCUCACUAUAAUCUACACGGACCCGUCACCCGCACGUGUUUGGCUGACGGUAGCUGGAGCGCAAAAGCACCGGAAUGUCUUAGUGAGUACAUUGAGCUUAGCCUUAAAAAACAGCCGUGAUUUCGCCACGCCACCGAUGGUUUCUCCGCGAAAUGACGUCUGAAAUUCCAUUUUGAUGACGCGUCAGUAUCCAGAUCUGGGUAGUGCUUCUGAUUGGUUGAAAAUUGGCCUCAUUCAACCAGAAGCAUUACCCAGAUCUGGAAGGUGACCCGUCAUCAUUAUGGAACUUCUGCGCUUGUUUCUCAGACGUCAUUUCGCGGGUAAAUAAAUGGGGUCGCAGCGAAAUGUUAGCUAUUUUCUCAGGCUACAUUCGGCGAGGAUCAUUCGCAAUGAGACACUGCCUUUCCCCAGGGUGCAGUUAUUUUCUACCUCAACAGAUUUCUCUGGGAACCUAUCAAGUCACAACGAUUAACAGACUGCUCUUCAUCUCAGUUUUCUACCGUAAAUUUGAAGUAAAGAGUUUUUACCAGCUUUUCUGAACCUUCCCUAGCUACCAUAUCAUCAGGAAAAUCGCGGGUAGUUUUGCUGUUUCUUUGAGAUACACUAUUAGGACAUUCACAAGUUUACACUUCGAAAUCGACGCUACGGAGAGAACUAAGCUAGCCGACCUUAGCAUGCACGAGGGUUAUUGUAUUUCUAAGGCUGAAUUAACGAAGCAUCAUUUUGGAAGAUCAAGUCUCCGUCUUAAACGCUUUUACAAAAAAGUAAGGUAAAAUUUUGCGCUACAGUAAAAACCCGCCAGUAAGAACCUGCAUUUUUCCAAGUUAGCAUAUAAAUGGUAAUUAGCACAAAUUUAGACUGAACAAUUUCUGAUACAUAGUAGCAAAGAGUGUUUAGUGGUAUUCAGCUUAUCAUACCAAAUUGAUACUAAUGUGAAAAUGACUAUAAGAAGGAGAACUGAAGCACUGUCCACAUGAAUUUUUAAGUCCUCCUUCAGAAUAUAACAUACAUGUAUUGUAGUGUCUUAUUAUUUUAUUUGCCCAAGUGUAAGGAAUGUUUUAUAGAUAUUAGAAAAUAAGAACCUGUUUCAAAUUUUAGGCUAAACAGGCUCUUGUAUAGAGGGGCAUAACUAGCAAAUUUUAGCCCAACAGGUUCUUUAAAGAAACCAGGUUCUUACUCGUGUGUGUUUACUGCAUUUUUCGUUUCUCUUCAGGCCCUCCGAGAUUCCGCCAGACUCCAACCAACGUAACUGUCAAAGAAACAAGCUCUGCCGUACUUGAGUGUUCUGCUUCGAACCCUAAUACAAAUAUUACGUGGUAUAAAGACGGAAACGUUGUAAAAGAGGAUGGUAUUGCCAUUACGAGAACCGGGUUAAUAGUUGUGAGUGUUCAUCGUUCAAACCAAGGUUGGUAUGUCUGUAACGCAACGAACAGGGCAGGCAGCAAGGAGGUGCGCGCAUACCUCAAAGUGACGAGACCGCUCGAUGCAGGUUAGUGAUAGAUGAUAAAUUUAUCAUUUACAAUUUGAAAAACGCUGCGGCUUAGAAAUUGGUUUCUCCAUUCUGUCGUCUAAGAAAGAACGGUAGAGUCCACGUUAGCGUUUACUUUGUUAAAAAAAAUGUUUACAACGUAGCUCCAGUAAAAUCGGAUUAUUUCAUAUCAUUGCCAAAAAUUUAUAAUAAAGUCUUGAAGUCUUGAUAUCUGUAAUUCUUUUCGAUUGUUAAAACCAAAAACUUUAAGACGAAAAGUUCGUCAUAGCUCAGUGCGCCUGUAUACCUUAAUCUGCAUACAUUUUGACAAAAAAAUUAGUUGAGAAAAUUCAAAUAUCAAAGCAUUUAACUCUUAUUACUUCUCAUGACCUUUUCUUUUGAAUAUGUCUUUAAAUUGUAAGAAGAAAAUUGAUGUUGGUCUUUCUUGGGACUUGAAGAGUUAACGCCGGAAAAUUCAUCAUGGCGGAUGCGUGUGGGCGUAUCUUACGGAGGGGCACAAUGGGGAUACCCAAUACCGUAAGAAAAAUUGGUAAAUACCAAAAUACCGUGUCAAAAAUCGACAAAAUACCGAUACCGCAUGUAUGAUCGGUUACGCUUACUUAAAGUUGCAUCCAUCAAGCGUUAUGACCCCGCGAACAUCUUGAGCAACCUCAGUCAUAGUGAGAAAACACGAGAAGACCUCGAUUGACCGGUACAAAGAUCGAGAAGCACGGUCAUUGUAAACUACAACAAUUACAUUGUAGAUUAACUGCCAAAAAUUGCGUAAAUCAUGUAUGAUGCUCACUGUGUUUUGUGUUGCAUAUUGUAUUGACCUGCAUUGGACAUGAAAGAGCAAAUGAACGGUACCGCAGUACCGCCGCGAAGGAUCUUCUUUUACCAAAUAGCGUCAGCCAAAAGGAUGAAAACCGAAUACCGCAGGGCUAGAUGAUACCGCAAUACCGUUCACAAAAAUUAUACCGAAAUACCGCAUGAAAAAACUUAAUACCGCAAUACCGCAAACCCCAAUUUCCCCCUCCUUCCGACUCUUGCAAGUAUUUUCUAAAACUUCAGCAGUUCUCAAAAGUCGGACAUUGUUUUGCCUUGAUACCUUUCGCCCCGUACAUGUAAUAAUGUAAAUCCAAGACAGACUUGGAUUCUGGAUUCCACGCUUGAAUCCAGAUUCCAGGAACUGGAUUCAGGAUAUUCCAAUCUUAAACCAGAUUCCGAAUUCCUUGAGCUGAGUUCCGUAGUUCCAACCUAGGAUUCGAGAUUUCACAGGCAAAAUUUUUAGGACUCAGGAAUCCCGUUACUUUGCAUGAUGGGAUAAACUCAGCGUUGUCAUAAAGGAGAAAUGCUCCUUGAAAAAAAUAUAUUUAUCGUAAAAUUUCUAAAUCCUUGGCGAAGCUUUCCGGUUUUAAACGUUAUCGAUACUUUUUUGGCGAUUGUAAUUCUAGUCUCACCUUGCUUUAACCCUGAUUUCCCCCCGCAGACUGCGGCCGUCGCACCCUGACCACUCGUGGCAGGAUUGUUGGCGGUAAGAAGGUGGAAGCAGGGUCUUUCCCAUGGCAAGCCAGCCUGUGGAACACAAAGUCGAAAACACAUUUCUGUGGUGGAUCCCUUGUUGCUUCGAGAUGGGUAGUUACCGCUGCCCAUUGUGUAGCUGGAGCAGGUUUGUGAUUUUGUUUACAAGGUUAACUGGGCAUCGUCUGGGGGCUGUUUAGACUUUCUGUAAGUCCUUCAUUUUUUUCCUGGUUAGUUAUAUAGCUAUAUAGACUUAUACAUAGACUUCGUCGCUGGCUCGGUCGCUGCGCGACCUCAUGCAUUGACACUCGCUUUUAAGAACUUAUGAGAGGUCGACUUGUAAAACGUCUAGGGGCUGUUUGGGUUGAGGUAUGCCGCCGAAGCCCUCAAAACCUGACCUUGUUUAAGAAAAAAAUUACUCAUUUCGCUUUUCUGUUUAAGACAAGAGACCUUAGUUUAUAACCCUGAUUUGUUUCGUUUUGCAAACAAAAUUAGCUAAUUUUUCCAAUUAAAUAUCAUGAACUACACUUUUUAGAAAAAAGAAAUUGUUGUUGCCGCAAAUGUGGACCGCUCAUCCGCAGUCCUUUUAAAGGCUUCCUGUCCGAAGACGCCAAAUAGCGAAAUUGUGUAACCUGUUUAACACUCAAGAAUCUGAAAGCCAUACCCUGUUCUGCAGCACAUCCAUCUAGGCCAAAUAAGAAAGUAACCCCCCUCCCCAGCCAAGCGUUCGUAGUGCCCUUUUGUUUCCAUAUUGGCUCUUCCAGAAUUUGCUUGGCCCAUGUUCACCAAAAAAAAAAAAAAUUAAAAUUGAAAAUCAGUAGUGUUCAUUUUAUCUAUAUCAUUCGCAUAACGGUUCCUCUUAAUGUGUCAAUUAUGUAUUGAUAUUGUUAGGUUCUUUAGGAAUGUAACGGUUAAGAUCCUCGGACGAGGCUGCAUUAACUUUUUAAAACAGCGUCGAAAAGGGUGAUAUGGACAAAGGUGCAAUGUCUAGCACCGGUGUUUGAGCGCAGCAAAGUUUGUGCUGGUGCCCACUUAUUUCUUCUUAUUACAUUGUAUCUAACUAAAUCUUGCUUACAUAAAACAGGGGCACCCAACGACAAUUUUAGGAAAGUAUCUGUUCGGAAGACGAUUUGAGAUCUAGAUUUUUCGGAACAUUUGCUGUAAAUGUCUUGCUUGCCUGCCUCUGUUAAGAUUUUCGAACAUCUGAAAAAUGGUAUAAUUGCCCAUUUUUAACGGAUUUUUGCCCUAAAAAGGUCACCUAGAAUUUUCGGGAGCCUUUUUUCUGGCUGAAAUUUUCGAAAAGGUAAGUUUUGAUCCCUAUGAUUUUCGGCUCACUAGACUUUCAGCUAGGAAAUCCGAACUGAUGAAAAAUUUUUUAGGGGAUAAAAAAUAUGCCUAUAUCUACCGUUUAAAUACUAAAUAUUCUCGUGGGGUGCCCCUGAUAAAACUAGAUAGUUACGUUUAUAAGAGUCGAUAGGAACAGGUAUGAAAUUUUAAAUCCUAGUGUUAGAUUAUUUAACAAUUAAUGAAUGAGGCUGAGUAUCUUAUGUAGAAUUAUGGAGAUCGAGGAGUGUGUUAUCCGUCGAGGCCGUAGGCCGAGGCAGAUAACACCCUCCGAGAUCUCCAUAAUUCUUUAUAAGAUACGAGACCCGAAUUCAAUAAUUGAUUUAUUAUUUAUUCAAAAUAAUGCCUGGUUUAAAAACAUUGCUAAACAUACUUACCUCCAUCGAUGUUAAGUUCAUCAGUUCGAUAGUACACGUUUAGGGUUGUUCAGCUCCGCAAAUAUUCUCCAAAGAGCAGAUGUCGCCCUUCGAGUUGUCUUGCAGCAGGUCUGAAAACCAGCUUCUGAGCCAUUUACCGUGUUCAAAUAAAGUUGAUUGAAGUGAAUUGAAUUUCUGUGGCACCCAUGCGCUUGCCUGUUCCAGGCUCCGAGAUAUUCGGGUCUGCUGAAUUGAGAAAGCGCAAACACGAAAAUAAAACGGGAGGAAACUGGGAAGAGAAGGGGCGGCUCUCCCUUCCUUUUUCCCGCCUCUUUUUCCCGCUCCGCCAACUUUUCGCGCACCUUUUUCUUUCGCGUCUUCCCCACUAUCUGAGAGCCUGGAACAGGCUACCCAUGCGCUAAUCCGCAGUUGAUUGUUGUGUUAAGUUUUGGUCGCUUAGCACUGGACCUUGCUCAUACUGUGUUCAACAUUUGUACAUUCUCCAUAAUACAUCUUGUUUGCCUCCCCCCCCCCCACCCCUACAAAAAAAAUUCCAUGACUUUUGCUGGUAUUACAGUCGCCCCAAGAGAAGAGAAAGACAAUGCCUGUGGUGUAUUAUGGGAGACGAGCAAAUGGUGAAUAUAGAGCGUAUUCACAUGAUGUCUGUUGCUGUCCCGAAACAAAAAAAAAGGCCAUGUUGGUGUUGCAAACCAAUCCUGUCGGAGUUGAACCUUUUUUCUUUUGUUCAAUAAAUUUGCAUAGCCACUGACCACGUGACUGAAAAGGCUCUAUUGUUAUGUAGAUCCGGACGAUGUCCAGGUUCGUCUCGGAAAGAUCUUCACCGACAGAGCAGAGCCCAGCAGGGAACAACUUAUUUCCGCGAACAGCAUCCUGAUUCAUCCUCACUACGAUCAUCACCGUAGCGACUAUGAUCGUGAUAUAGCACUAAUACGCCUGAAGACCGCGGUUAUUUAUACCGAUUAUGUAAGACCCAUCUGCCUACCCUUGCGAGGAAAUGACGCUGAUAGAUAUCUUCUGCGACCCGGAAUGACUGGUGUCAUUACAGGUGAUCAGAUUGUAACGAUCUUGGUUGGCGAACAACUCUUCUAUCAGCUGCUUUCUUUCUUUUCUUAAGCAAAGAAAUACACUUGAGGCUGGAGAGUGUAUUCGGAGAGAAUGGAGAGUAGUCGUUACGUCACGUUGCCAUGGCAACAAAAUUUCUGGUUCUCAACAAACCGUGGUCCUGCAAAUAUGGCAGAAAAAACGAAAAAAUUGACACGCAUGACUUCCUGUGCAUGAUUACACUCAGGAACAAAACGGUAGCCCAUACUUUUCUUCCAUCGUUCAACAAUGCAAAUGCCCGUCUCUGUCAAGAAAGAUUGUAGACAUCCAGAAAUUUUGCUAUUAUGGUAACGUGACGUCACAAUUACCCUCUUAACUAAUAUUUAAUAAUAUAUUUAUUAAACUAUGUACAUAUUCUAAAGCGCUAAUAAAAGCUGACAAACACACUAACACAACUAAAUAAAAUGAAAAUAAAACACCACAAUCACAGUACACGAGUUGUCUCACUGGGCAAAUGCCAAACGAAAUAUAAAAGUUUUCAGAGCCUACUCAGCCUGCAUAAAAGGCGCUCAAUGAGCCAAGCGAGGCAAAACAAAGCAUUUUACGCGAAGUGUCGUGCGUCGCGAAAAAUGCCGCUUUCUCCUCGCGUGGCUCAUGAAGCCCUUGUUGUGCAGGCUAGCUAAUUAGAUGCAAACAGAGGUUUCAUUUACAGUUCUUUUCUACAGUAUUUCGGGACGUUAAUUUUUAGCCGCCAGAUUUCCCGUGUGCUAUCGGCGUCAAUGUUUCGUAUUGCGUCGUUUAAGAAGUCUCAAAUGACACUUGCUCAAUAUUCCUAGUGAACAAGUUGAACCGACGUUUUACAAAUGACCCCUUUGUGUGUUACCGUUUUACAGGUUGGGGUGACAAGAAACAAAGACUACCGAAGCUUGCUAAGGUCCUUAAGAGAAUGCGUCAAGCCGACGUACCAGUCGUAAACCAAACCAAAUGUAAAAAGGCCAACAAAAAGUACGUCGUCACAGACAACAUGUUUUGCGCCGGUUACUUCAACGGAACACAUGGUGACGCAUGUCAGGGAGACUCGGGUGGACCGCUGGCCAUUGAGAAUAGCCUUUCACUGGAUGUAGCUAACGAAAGAUGGGUGCUCGCAGGCGUCAUUUCGUGGGGACGAGGCUGCGGAGGAAUGGGCACAUACGGCGUCUAUACACGGGUUUCGAUGUUUGUUCGAUGGAUUAAUAAUCAGAUAAACAAGGACGAUUGAAAUUGUGGUAUUCAUUCUGGUCAGUUUGUAGACCAUAAAGAAUUUAACCCGGUGCCGACACAAUAGUUGCAUAGUGUGUGCUGUAAAGUAGUUUAUUUUCUAGUAAACCUCAGUAAGGAUAAUAUUCAGUGAAAUAAAGACUAAAAGCAUUGGCAGUUGAAUUUCCGAUCAUGUUAUUGUUAUUGUUGUAGGUAGUUAGUUGCCAAGUGCUUUACCAUUGGUUCGAAUGAAUGUAUCAUACUCACAUACUAACCCCGGGGGGUGGACUCCCACAUGAAACAGACGGGGAUGCUCGUCGGAAUUUUGAAUUUAACCCCUAAAGGAGACCAUCUGGGCGUGGCUCAAGCUUUUUGUGACCCCUAUAUAAGGAGACCAAUCUGGGCGUGGCUAAAGCAAAUUUUGACCCCUAAAAGAGACCGCUUAAAAACACACAAAUACGACAUGCAAUGAGUUUUAAGGACAUAAAGACAUAACAAACAAAGUUAAAAAGAAAAUUGACUUCUGUUUCUCUUCGUGUAAUUCUGUGUUUCUUCGCGGAACCCUAAACGAGACCUUGGCGCCUUCAAAUAUUGGCGCUUUGCCCGGAACACGCUAAGCGAGACCAAAAUCCAAAAUUUACACCCCUAAGCGAGACGACGAGCAUCCCCGUCUGUUUCAUAUGGGAGUCCCCCCCCCCCGGAUACUAACACUUGAGGGAUCACAUACCCAGAGUCUUUUUUUGUGGGGUGGUGUUGGUGGGGGUGAAAGUGGG